UUCACGAGCUCACCCCAAGAUUCCGUCUCAUCCACCAGAUGACCAGAUCACACACGGCCACCUACCCUGCGCCAGAUGACGAGGUAGCCGCCACUGCCACUGCCAGUCCGCCGCACAGCCUCCAAAGCCGCAUCCCAAGAAGCGAAGCGCUCUGUGACUGAGUGAGUGAGCCCGCGCGGCAGAUUCCCCGAUCCGAGCGAUCCACCAUGCGGCCGCGGCUGGUGCUCUUCGGCGACUCCAUCACCGAGCAGUCCUUCGAGUCCGGCGGAUGGGGCGCCGCGCUCACCGACCGCUUCGCCCGCCAGGCGGACGUGGUGCUGCGCGGGCUCAGCGGGUACAACACGCGGUGGGCGCUCAAGGUGCUGCCGCGGGCCAUGGAGGGCGCGGCGGACGCGGACCCGGCGGCCGUCACCGUCUUCUUCGGCGCCAAUGACGCCUCGCUGCCCGACCAAGUGCAGGCGCACCAGAACGUCCCGCUCGAGGAGUACCAGACCAACCUCCGCGCCAUCUGCGCCUACUUUAAGGAGCGAUGGCCCUCCGCUGCUAUCAUACUCAUCACUCCCCCACCGAUUUACGAGACAGCGAGAAUCCGAGACAUUUAUGGAGUUGAUGACUCUGCACGACAAGCAGAAAGAACCAACGAGGCUGCUGGCUCUUAUGCACAGGCAUGCAUAGCUGUUGCCAAAGAAUUGGGCCAUCCGGUUAUAGACAUCUGGACAAAGAUGCAGGAAUUUCCAGAUUGGCAAACAUCUGCAUUAAGUGAUGGGCUUCACUUCACGCCUACUGGAAACAAGAUCCUGUUCGACGAGUUGGUGCAGACGCUGGCAGGCAUCGGUUUCAGCAAGGAGAGCCUCCCAUAUGAUCUCCCCCUCUACCCCGAAAUCGACCCCAAGGACCCCAUGAAAGCUUUCGGAGCUUGAAGAGGACGCCUUAGUGCAUGAUUGGAUUAGAGAUGUUUGCUCGUGUCAAAUGAUGUGCCCUACUCACUAUCUGUUCUGUUUGGCAGUGCGUGUGCGACUUUUACUUCUGGAAUUGUGUUUUGUCCUUUGUAAUUAAUAUGCAUAAGUACUACUGAUGCCAUCACAUAAACAGUGAAAUUCAAUAAAUGGCAUUUUUUUCAGUACUUCA